AUGAUGAGGAGUGAUAUUAGAAGAUGCCGUCGGUGCAAAAGAAAGAGAUUGGAUGAUGAGCCCAUGGAGGUGAGGCAAUUUAAAACGUGUGCCAAGUGCAGGAUUAUAGAGAGAAACAAAAAGAACCUGCGCAAACCACUAGCUAAGGAAACUAUGCUCUAUGGGUUGAAACAGUUUAGGGAACAACAAUCCACUGAGAACUACAUUGAAGAGGAGGGAUUACUAAAGGAUGAAUUUUUCAAACGAUAUCAUAAUAAACCGUUCAAUUAUGACGCCGAGAUCACCAAACUUAUGAGUGACCCCAACUACGAGCCGCCAGUUAUUACAAACCCCACUGAUGAAAUAAUUGAGUCGUCGGAUGUUACAUCGCCGGGGGGAACAAGGUAUCAGGUGACUAUACGACGUGAUGAUGGAGGUUCACCUACUAGAGCCAGAGUGCCCCGAGCUGAAAAGAUUAGAAAGCCAAAACAAACUUACAAGAAGAAUAAUGCUGUACCAUAUAAUCUGGUGCGUCAGCAAGUCAACUCAUACAUCAUGCGGCACCCCGCUGCUGCUGCUACUGCUACUACUACUACUACUACUACUACUACCCAGCCCAUUGUGAGCAAGAUUGAUGAAAAAGCGCAACUUGUUGCAGAGUUGCUCGCCUUGGGAAAUGGACUUCAAGCAGAGCCUGUUUCAGAUCAUGCAAACCCGUACCGAUUUGCCAACGUAUACUCCAACUUUGAGCAAUACUUGCAAAAAGUUCUUGAAUUGAAAUCGUCAAAGAAGAACAUAACCAACUUGGUAUUGCUAAAAGAGUUUCCCGACACUUUUGCACAGGAAAUGUCAAAGUACCACGCUGAUGCUUCAAUCGGCGAUCGUAAUUCUGAGUAUCUUGCACUUAGUGAGAGACAAUCGCGAAUGAAUUUAUUGAGCAACUUGAAGGCCUUGUAUGUUGACCCAAUCAUUGCCUCAACUUCGUUGCCGUUUGAGCAAAAAUCAAACAACCUACACGAUUAUAGCUACCUGAGUGAAUUGAGGUGCUAUUACCAGUACAAGGAUGUUCCCGGAGCGACAGCUGAUACAACUGGCCUUGUGAAUUCUUCCAUUAGUCUUGCUUACUAUAAAAAGUACAAUAUUUUGACAAUAAAGUUCAAUUUGUCAACCAUUGACAAGACUAGUCAAUAUCCAGAUGCGCUAAGGGUUGCAGUUAUGGAGUCAGUGCAGAAGGUGAAUGCAAGUAUUGGCGAUGCUAGCGUUUCGCUAAAUAUACCAGAGUUGGUGUUUAAGGAGUUGAAGAGUAGACGUGACGCAUUGGACAGUGAAGUAAGGGCAUAUAUUGAUGACUUGAGUUUGGAAAAGUUUAGUGACGUUUUUGCUGAAAUUAGUGGAGAAGUAGCUUCCGCUGAAGUUGGGGAAUUGGAGGAAGAUCUUGUGGAAAGCGAUGAUGAGGUUGAAGCAGGUAUCGGCGAAAUUUUAGAGGGUGAUAAUGAUGAUGAUGAGGAGGAGGUGGACGAGGAAGUAGAAGAGGGAGUAGAAGAGGAAGAGGGAGUAGAAGAGGAAGAAGAAGGAGUAGAAGAGGAAGAAGCAGAAGAAGAGGGAGUAGAAGAGGAAGAUGAUGACAGUGAUGAUGACGAAAUCACCGUCAAUGAGGUUCAUGAACAGGGUGUACUGGAAUCAGGGAACGAAGUUGGGGGAGAAGAACUGACGUUUCUCAAAACGGUGAGCGAAGCUGUGACCAACUCUGGUUCGGAAGUUGCUGUUGAGAGUUUGGAUCCCAUUUUAAAGCUGUAG